AUGAGCGUGUCAAGCGAAAUACACGUCGGCGUCGCGCAAUGCCUCGAUGCCAUUAAGCAAGCCUUCAACGAUGGUGGUGCCAUCAUCGAGAAGAUCAAGCGCAAGCGCGCCCUGAAACGAGCCCCGCCUCCGCCGCGACUUCUCGAGGAAUCGAUCGACCAAGCACCGCAUGAGAUCGAGAAAGAGAAGCAGCGCGGGCUGAACCGCUUCGGAAAGGCGUUCGACGAUGGCGACGCCAUUGCGGUCAUUACGCUGCAGCAGAUAUGCAUAAAACUCCAGAGCAGUCUGCUGGAGAAGCUGCGCAAUGCAGCAUUUGACGACGACCAUGCCAUAACAGACUUUACAUACCUUGUAGAUGCGGCAGACAUAGGACGAGAUAAGACCAUAGCUGCGUUGCACGACUUCAAGCAGAGGUUGCUCUCAGCCCAAACCCCGGAACAAGACGCAGAUCCUGGUCAAGUCGUCAAACAGCAAUCUCUGAAGUCGAUGUCCCCGAACUCGAGUAAGUCGGAUAUCGUAACGCCGCCUUCAGAGCCCGCGCGAAGGGACACAAUCCAAUCGCUACCUCCAGAACCCGUGAGAAGCCAAACGCACCAAUCACUCCCAUCACAGAGCCAGACCAAGACUCUGGCACCUGCCAGGCACCACAAGACGUGGAGCAGAGACUUCAGUCACUCUGCAGAAGGUUCCGGCGAGGACACUACCUCAGGUGCGGACGAACCGACUCACCAAGCACACCACCGAAAACGAAGCUCAAUACUCCAUUUCCUCAAGCACAAUCGAACGCAUAGCUCCGAGGUCAAAGACAAUCGACAGGGCAGCGUUCUGCCUGCCGUGAUCACCGAGGAACCAGUUCGACAGCCUUCUCUCUCUGGACCAACGAGCACACCAUCACAGCAAGCGCCACAGCAGCGCGUAAGUCAAGAGCAAGUACCGCAGCAGCAAUCGGCCAAGUUCCGCUACGAAGAGUGGGAGGACAAUCCCGAGGAGAUCUGGGGCACUAAACCGAGCCUGGAACGACGCGAGACAGUGGCUUUGGCACCCGAUCAAGCGCGAGACAAUGCCUCCGUGUACAAUGGCCAUGGUGCACAAUCGUUAGGUCCAUCGCUGUCGCCUGUCCUGACCCAUCGCUCGAACAGCAAUCCGCAUCACAGCACCGCGAUCAUAACACCGAACCCCGAUAACGAGUUCCUAGGAUUCUGCAAAGGAGCCUGGAAGUUGCAGAACGGCGAUCGCAAAGGCGCCAUGACAAAGAAGAGCGAGGUCGAUCCAUGGUCCAGACAUCCAUCAGCGAAUGCUGCGCAAUAUUUGUCGUGUCUGCAGCCGAAGUGCGCUUUCCGGUCAUCCUUCGCGAACGCCAACGUGGAGGUCAUGUGGAACAAGGUGUUCAUUUUCGAGGCGAAAGGUAUCAAGCUCCGCUGGCCCUUCUUGGCCAAGUCGCAUGUCCAGCAGAAAGUGGUCGUGAAGCAUCAGUACAGCUUCAAAUGCCUCUUCUGUGUGUUUCUUGGUGGGCAGAGUGGCGUGUACCACGGUAUGGACUAUUAUCUGGAGCACAUUUUGAAUGAGCAUCGAGGGCGAGCUCUUGGCGAUGUCGUCCUGUACAAGACCGGAUGUAUCAACGACAGGAUCGCCGACGACAAGGAUGAGUUUGACAUCAACCUGUACCCCAUGGCCCUGGACAACCCAAAAGAGAAGGCCAAGUCAGAGUAUCUCUCCGAUGACCUGAUGGACCCGUAUUGGGCGAAGAGUGAGGCCAAUGACUCGAUGUUCAGUCCCAAUGAGCCUUGGAAUGAAGGCCUUUCGGACUUCCACUACCGUAUGGAUGAUCGAUAUGGCGCCGAGUUGGAAUAG